AGCGUUGUUGUUAUUAGUGCUAAAUAUAAAAUAAAUGCACACAGAGUCAAUGUAGAACAUGAUGUAGAAUAAAAACAGCGCCACCUAGGGUCGGGCGGCGUUAGAGACGUUGACGUUCACGUGACGAUGGAGCCGAUAUUCACUCCAGCGCUUCAUAAGCAGAGACAUCAAUUUGUCAUCGAUUUCGUGAAGAGAAACAGACCCAGAAAGGUGGUGGACUUGGGGUGCGGUGAAUGCAGCCUUCUCAAAAAGCUGAAGUUUCACCGUGAAGUUGAAGUGCUGGUUGGAGUAGACAUCGACGGAGCCAAAUUAAAGAAAUGCAUGCAUGGGUUAGCUCCCAUACCAACGGAUUAUCUACAGCCAACAUACGAUCAGCUGCACAUCGAGCUGUACCAGGGCUCAGUCACGCAGAACGACCCCCGCCUCAGAGGGUUUCAUCUAGUGACCAGUAUAGAGCUAAUAGAGCACCUCACUCUUCCAGAUGUUGAGCGUUUCUCUGAGGUGGUCUUCGGUUACAUGAUCCCGGCAGAAGUUAUCAUCAGCACCCCAAACUCUGAGUACAAUCCCCUUCUCCCUGGACUGAGAGGUUUCAGGCACAGUGACCACAAGUUCGAGUGGACCAGAGCAGAGUUCCAGUCUUGGGCUGUUAAGGUGUCUUCAGAGUAUGGAUAUGAGGUGGAGUUCACUGGUGUUGGCGAGGCACCACCAGGUCAGCAGGAGAGAGUCGGCUACUGCUCCCAGAUUGCUGUGUUUCACCGGCUCAGAGGGAGAGAUGGAUGCAACAUUUUGUUUGCAGACGAUGCAGAGGAUUUGUUAUCAUACACACUGCUGUACACUGUAAACUACCCCAGCCUACAUGACAACAACAUCUUGCGGAGGGUUCUGGUGUCUGAGGUGAUUUACUGGACGGAAAAGCUGAAGAGAAGAUGGAGAGAGGUGAGGACUGAAGAAAGGGAUGAGAGUAUUGUAUGGUGCCAGACUGCAGCAGAAGGAGAUGAAUGUUUCAGAUCUUCAGAAUGUGGAGCAGAGAUUAACCGUCUGAUGGAGCACUGUGGCAGAUACAUGGCAGAGAAUCAGGAAGAAGAGGUGUUUGGGACAAAAGGCCAAGGGAAACAGGAGUCUUGCAGAUUGCAAAGGUGUGUUUCUAUACCUCUGGCUGUGCUGUGGACCUCGUGCCCCAAAGUGAGUGCCCUGAGUGGAAAUCUCAGUAAUCUCAGACACCUACUGACGACUGAUCCUGAAGUUAAACUCAGCCAGGACGGCUCUUCUCUGCUUGUUGAUUUACAGGAACAAGACCUUGAGGAAGAAGGGGACCAUGAUUUGGAGGACAGUGGAUAUACAGAGGUCAGCCAGUGUUCCUACAGUGCAGCACAAGAGGAAGAUUGGGAGCCGAAUGUUUAAUGUGGAGGAAACAGCUUUGUUUUCAGGAAAAGUAGGCGACAUGCUCAAAUUUGCCAUGGAAAAUCACGAGUGAAUUUUCCUGGAUGACACUGGACUGUACAAAAUGUUCUAAGAAAUCCGCAGCUGUAUCUGAAAAAGGCUUUUAGGUUUGUUAGAUGUUUAGUUUCUACCACAACUUUGUGUUCCAGGUGUGAUUUUAUGUUUGUGUUCAGUUUAAUGAACAAUCAAAUAUCCCCUGGCCUUUACAACAUGAGUGUAUUGACAAUCCAAAUGUAAAUAGUACAAUAAAUCUGCGUUUUCACACUUA